AUGGAAAGUGGAGGAGGAUUUAACUCUCAGCAUGUACAAUCCAGAUCUGUAUGGAUCACAGAGGAUGGAGCAGAGGGCGGCGGUGGCGAGGAGAUAAAGGAGGUGGCGCCGUUGCAACAAGCUCCGGCGGUGAGGAGGUCGGAGCAGUUCAUGCCGUCGGCGAACGUGACAAGGAUAAUGCGGCGGGCUCUGCCGCAGCACGCGAAGAUCACCGACGACGCGAAGGAGACGGUGCAGGAGUGCGUGACGGAGUUCAUUGCCUACGUGACAACGGAGGCGAACUCUAAGUGCCGGGGGGAGAGCCGGAAGACGAUCACGCCGGAGGACGUGGUGGGCGCCAUGGAGGCCUUGGGCUUCUACAACUACUCCGACACGCUCGCUCUCUACUUGGACCACUACCGGGCCCAGGAUCCCACCCGUCGCCCCGUGCCGCCCGCGGCUCGGGGCCGUGGCGCUGACGCUGGCGGAGGCGGUGAAGGCUCUUCCUCUGGGGCUGAGUUUGGGGACUACAACAUCUCUCAGUAG